CUGGGGCCGAUAUCGAUAAGUCCUUAGUUGGCCAUGGCAUGAGCUGAAGUCCCAUCCCAUCGCGCCGGGGGAGGUGGACGUCAUCGAAGACAUGGGGCAGGAUCUGAGUAUUGCAUGUAUGGUACUUGCAAACUCCGGUUCUGGGUGGCUCCAAGCGACGGCACCGCGAAGGCUCCACAAGGUAACUACUCCACUGCUCCAGUCCGUUUGUUUUUUUUCCUGCUUGCUGGCCUGCUUGCUGGCCUCGUCGCGCGCAAAGCAGGUCAGGGCUGAACACUGCGGUGCGGGUGUAAUCCGGUUAUCGUCGCGGUGUGGCCGAUUGACACUGCCACAUGGCCACAUGGUUACUGAGGGGGGGAAUCGCAAAUUCUUCCGAAGCGCUACAGCGCCGCAGAGCAGCAGAGCAGCCCAUGCCAUGCCAUGGCGAGGACCAGGAAAUUGGGCGGCGAUACGAUGCGAUGCGAUGCGAGGUGAGGCGAUCCGGUGUGGUGCGGAAUGUGUUGUGCACGGUGGAGAGCGCACGGGAGUUGCUGGCUUCAGGCUUCAGCGAAGCAAAGCACAUGCGCCAGAAGCAAGAAGCAGAAGCAAGAAGCAGAAGCAAGAAGCAGAAGCAAGAAGCAGAAGCAAGAAGCAAGAAGCAACCGCCCGAUCGAGUACAGCAACGCAGCAAGCAGCAACCAAGCGAUGCGAGUGAGAAGGCACCGGUAGAUUACCGCAGCGGCGCAGCUACGGUACACGGAGCCUGUGCUUGGGAACUGCCGCCGCAGAGGGGAGGGCACGACUGGCCGUUGUCAAAGACAAAAGACACAAAAGAGGGCGUAGGCGCUGCCGGCGGGUACGCAGACUGUGCGAGCCUCUGCGAGACUCUGCGAGGGAGCGAGGGCAUGACCGAGGUUACUUUUCUGGGCAACUCGCUGUUCUGUGAGCACUCGCUGCAAGCACAAGACAGCUGCAUCAUCAUCGUCUGGGAUUCUGUGCUAUACUACAAACAACAGAAGAGGUUAUGCAUCAUCCGCAUCGGCAUUAACAGCGCAUCAGCGCAUCAGCGGUACGGUAUCGUGAGAUUGCCGCCGCCGAGGAAAAAUAGGCAUCAAUUACGCGUACCCCGCCCCGAAGAACAAUCCAGAUUCCACAGCCCGCCGGUCUAGGUACUGCUGCUGGUGCUGGUGCUGCAGCUUUCUCGUGGCCCGUUAAACUACUUCUACGAGCAACUAGCUCCAGGGCCUGCCUGCACGAUGGAAGGAAGGAUGG